AUGAGUGACUCAAACGACAUUAGGGCUCAAGCAGAUGCCCUUUGUGACAUGCCGCUGAAAAAAUUAAACAGGAUUAUUAAAAGACAGCCCAUAGAUUUGGAGUUUCAAGAUUUGGUGUACUCGGUCAGAGAUAAUAACGCUAAAGGGGGUUGGCGACAAUUAUUAAAAGGAAUAAAUGGAAAAUUUCAUUCGGGGGAGCUAACAGCAAUUUUGGGACCAUCUGGUGCAGGAAAAACUACACUGCUUAACAUACUUGCAGGAUAUGUGAAUGUAGGCGUUAAAGGCAGUAUUAAAAUAAACAGUAAAGCAAGAAAUUUAAAAACCUUCAACAAAAUUUCUUCGUAUAUAAUGCAAGAGGAUGUCGUGCAACCCAGACUCACUGUACGCGAAGCUCUACUUGUAGCUGCGAAGCUGAAACUUGGUUCCGUCGUGUCAGCAGCUGACAAAAUUGGAGUUAUAGACGAAGUUAUAAACCUCUUAGGUCUUCAAAAAUGCUCUGACACAAUGAGCGAGUACCUUUCAGGAGGUCAAAGAAAAAGACUUGUUGUGGCUUUGGAACUGGUUAACAACCCGCCUAUAAUAUUUUUGGAUGAGCCUACUUCUGGUUUGGAUAAUUAUGCUAUCAAGCAGUGUGUCGACUUAUUACAAAAGAUAACGAAAAUGGGCAGGACUGUCAUAUGCACAAUACAUCAGCCGCCCGCAUCUCUAUUCCAAACUUUUGAUCAGGUGUAUGUAAUAGCUAGCGGUUUUUGCGUAUACAGUGGCUCCCCCUCUAAUUUGGUACCAUUUUUGGACAACUCAGGCUACAAAUGCCCCCCAACCUACACACCAGCAGAUUACGUUAUCGAGCUGGUCCACUCUAACCCUCAAACCAUCACGGGCCUCUCCUCAAACAUACAGAAUGGUAGAGGAGACGUAAUCACAAAACAAAAGUAUCUGGCGGAACCCGAAGAUUUCACAGAAGUAUACAAGGAUACCACUGUUCAAAAUGUGGUGUUUCCGACGACAUUCUGGCAGCAAUUUAGCAUAUUGUUGGGGAGAAUGUUGCUACAGAUGUCAAGGAAUAAAAGUAUGUUGUACAUUCAAUUCUUCCAUCACCUAUUAUCUGGACUGCUGCUUGGUGGGAUCUACUUUGGAGUUGGAAACGAUGCAUCUCAAACCAUAGCGAUUUUCAAAUAUUGCAUAUGUGUCAAUGUGUUCUUCAUGUAUACGCAUGUAAUGGCGCCAGUUUUACUUUUCCCGCUUGAAGUGAAACUACUGCGCAGAGAAUAUUUUAACAGAUGGUACAGCUUAAAACCCUACUACUUAGCGUUGACGGUGGCAUCCUUACCCAUAAUGCUUCUCCUGGGAUGCAUGUUUUUGACCAUAGUAUACUUCAUAUCAUACCAACCCUUCGAAGGAGUCCGAUUUUUCUGGUUCUGCGCCAUGGGGUUAUCUGUAGCAGUAUGCUCGCAAGGGUUAGGCUAUGCUAUCGGAUCUAUGUUUAGUAUAACGAAUGGUUCCAUCGUUGGUCCAUCAACCUUAGCCCCCUUGCUGGCCCUCGCGGUCUACGGUAUGGGCUACAAAUCUUCGAUAGAGCCCUUAAUGAAGGCCCUAAUGUCGCUGAGCUACCUCAGAUACGGCAUGGUGGGAUUUUGUGAGGCGAUCUUUAGAGACAGAGAACCUCUUGAUUGCGCCGAGGAUGAAGUCUACUGUCACUACAGGAUACCAGAAAUUCUUAUGGUGGACAUGGGGAUGGCAAAUCAAAAUUUCCAUGCACAGUUAUUGGUUAUUCUUGGUUUUGCGCUGUUUUUCAGGGUAUUUGCCUAUGUGGCUCUAAAGUAUCGAUUAACAUCCGAGCUGUCCAGUAAAAUUAUGCAUGUUGCUUACAAGGUUUUUAGAAAAGAAUAAGUUUUAAGAAUGUUUUAAUCGAAAGGCAUAACAUUAAUUUUAAAUUAUUAUUAAUAUACAGACAAUUGUUGAAUAUUUU